AUGGCUAGAACUUCAUAUGUUUCUAAAGUUUAUGCUGAUGUGUUAGCAUCCAAACCAGUUGAAUAUUGGGACUAUGAGAACUUAAAUAUUAAAUGGAAUUCCCAAGAAAAUUACGAAAUCAUUAAAAAGAUUGGUCGGGGAAAAUAUUCCGAAGUGUUUUUAGGUAUAGAUUUAACUAAAGGUGCUAACUGUGUGAUUAAAGUAUUAAAACCCGUGAAACGGAAGAAAAUCAAGAGAGAAAUAUCCAUUAUUAGGAACUUAGUUGGUGGACCUAAUAUUAUUGGUUUGAUUGAUAUUGUUAGAGAACCCCAACUGAAGACUCCUGGGUUCAUUUUUGAGCAUGUAAACAAUUUGGACUUCAGACAAUUGUAUCCAAUGUUCACCGAUACUGACAUCCGAUUCUAUAUGUAUGAGUUGUUGAAAGCACUAGAUUACUCCCAUUCUAUGGGGAUCAUGCAUCGUGAUGUGAAGCCUCAUAACGUUAUGAUAGACCAUAGUAAAAAGAGUCUUAGACUUAUUGAUUGGGGGUUGGCUGAAUAUUAUCAUCCUGGAACAGAAUAUAAUGUAAGAGUGGCUUCCAGGUAUUUCAAGGGUCCAGAAUUAUUGGUUGAUUUUAGAUUAUAUGAUUACCUGCUUGAUUUAUGGUCUCUUGGAUGUAUGUUGGCUUCUAUGGUUUUUAAGAAGGAACCAUUUUUCCAUGGUAAGUCUAAUACUGAUCAAUUGGUACAGAUUGUCCGUAUUCUAGGCUCCGAUGACUUGCAGACUUAUUUGAAGAAGUAUAAUUUGACUCUUUCAUCUGAAUAUGAUGAUUUGGGAUACUAUAACAGAAGACCGUGGAAACGGUUUGUGAACGAUGCCAACAAACAUCUUGUGUCUGAAGAGUUUCUUGAUUUAAUUGAUAAAUUGUUGCGAUAUGAUCACCAGGAACGUCUAACAGCUAAGGAAGCUAUGGCUCAUGCUUACUUUGAUCCUGUGAGACCAUAA